AGUAAUAAUAUCCAACCAAAUCAAAUCCAAUUGUCUCAUUGUCUGCAAUCAGCAGAGCUGACAGCUGAGCAAUGUUGUUGUUUAAUGUUUUGUCAUUGUUAGGUUAUGUUAGGCCUAUACCUGUUUGGACUUUCAAAUCUAAACAUUUGAUCAUAGCACAUUAAUGUUUUUUAUAGGUGGCUUAAAAUCGUGUUCAAGAAAAUUUGGUCAGUUUAUGAUUGGUACAUUAAAAUUUGUAAGCAUUACACAUGUGAUUGUUGAACACAUAGGUGAUUUUGUAAUAUGUUCCGGACCUUCAAUGGAACCGACAUUGUAUACAAAUGAUGCUAUAUUGACUGAACAUUUAAGUCCAAGAUUUAAUAAAAUAAGUAAAGGGGACAUAGUUGUAGCAAGAUCUCCUACAAAUCCAAAACAGUUCAUUUGUAAAAGAGUAACUGGUGUCGAAGGUGACAAAAUGUGUCCUGGUUUCAUCAGCCAAGUAGUUGUUCCACGAGGACAUGUGUGGCUCGAAGGAGACAACCGCAGCAACUCGUCAGAUUCACGAGCAUAUGGCCCCGUACCCAUUGGUCUGCUACGAGGUCGUGUACUCUGCGUAAUUUGGCCAUUUUCCCAUGCUACACUACUCACACAACCAAACACGUAGAUCUUUAGUUCUACUUUUAUUAUUAGGAUGUAUAAAUAUAUAGUGUAAGUUAUUUUGUUGUAACAAGUUAAAAUUGAUUACAUUCAUUUCUCUCA